AUGACAGAAACUCAAAAGCUUCCUGUCUUCCAACCGCCAGGCUUCCUGGACUUCAAUCACAGACGACUGCCCCCACCUGUACAGCUCAAGCAGCUAGAAAUCCCACCCGACGCUGUACCACCACGGACGGACUACCAUUUUCGCUCACCCGUCGGUCACUUACCUUCCAUCCACUCAGGACCACCUCCAUGGCACGAGCACCAGAAAGCGCCUACAGCACAUUACAGACCGGCAGCACCUCUUGAGAAGCUAGUACAUCACACCAAUCCAUACACACCACCUCGGACAGAAGCGCCGUACUCGCCUCAAAAUUAUGGACCACCCAUUUCCCCUCGCUCGCAGUAUGACAACAGAGAAAGAAGACUGAACGAGCAUCGCUACCCGUCAUAUGACGAGCCUCGGCAUACACACCAUGCACCACACGAGCAGCAAUACCCGUCCCUUGCAUCUCCAGUCGAGCCCUCGCAGCAGAGACAUUACGCCCCGCUCCCAUCACCUGGAUACACGCCCAGCUACGCCUCAAGUAGUACAUUCCGUGGAUCGGUGGGCUCUUAUUCGCACUCGCAACGAGGAUCUGUGACAGCUCCCUUGGGAUCGGUAGCGUACCCUGAACCUAACGCACCUGGCCUUCCACCGCGGAAAGAUGUUCGUGCGAUCCCGUUACCUGGCACCAUUCAACAGCCUGUGUACAACGAGCAACUAAAAUUGGGUUUCGAGCUUCGUGUACGACAACAGCCCAUCGCAGCAAGAGCAUGUGGGUUUGGAGAACGAGACAGACGAGUGAUAGAUCCACCACCGAUCAUUCAACUGCUCGUCACAGACCCAAAGACAGGUAUAGCCGAACAAGAAGAGCUUCGGUACUCGCUUAACGUAGUGCAUUGCACGUUGUGGAAUGCGGAUGGGACCAGUGAGGAGACAGCGCUCAUUCAACCGGAUCGCCGAACCACGCGCAGGCUCAUGGGCCAGCUAGUAGCCUCACCCUCUGUCGCCAAGGAUGAGCACGACAACGAAGGGUGCUUUUUUUGCUUCCCUGACUUGUCGUGUCGCACACACGGCAGAUACCGUCUUCGAUUUGUGCUUAUGCGCAUCGACCCCAUGAACCUACACGUGGGAGGAUCUUCGCCAAUACUCACAGAAGUGAUGAGCGACGUCUUCACCGUGUACACAGCAAAGGACUUCCCCGGCAUGCGUCCAAGCAGCGCACUCACCAGGGCGCUGAAGCUGCAAGGUUGCAACAUCCAGGUAAAGAAGGGCAACGAGAAGGCCCUGGCUCGCAAACGUCUCACUGCGAGCCAAGAGCACGAAGAAGACGAAGAGAUGAAGCGGCGACGCAGAAUGUAA